AGUAAAUAGACGCGAUUUUUUUUUGUCUCGGAGUUGUUAACUCAGAUUUAUAUUGUGAAACUUUCUUUGAUGUGAACAAUUUAUUUUAAGUUUCUGUUCGAUUUUGUAGUGCUCAGAUUUUCGUGUUUUCACUGACAGGGAUUUUUCAUAGAAUCGGAUGUGGAAAUUUAUUGUGACAUCACUGGAGAUUUUGUGGUGCGGAUCUGAUUGAUAUUCGAAAAGAUGUGAAUAGAAAAAAGACGAAAAGGAAGUGAACAAUGUUAUUACGUGUACUAAGCAACGUUUACGUCAUCGCGUGUUCAGAGUGUGGAAUACUGAAGUAGCAUUGAUGCUUAUUUUUUUAUUUUUCUUGGAAACUGCACAGUUGCUAGCGAGCGGCUCUUACUAAUGACUUUAAGAAAGAAACCAUUGCGUUGGAACGUGUGUUGAAUCGUAUGUCAAAUUGUAAUUUAAGGAAGCAAUGGAUUUAAGUGUGCAGAAACCGGCAACAAUCUCACCCAUUCGACAUGGUCGAAAGGCGGCAAUAAUGCCGAUUCGAGUGCGUCUGACGAUGUGAUAUUAGUAGAGAAUCGUCGCGACGUCGACGUGAUUAGUAUCAAAGAGAGCGAAGUGAUGUCAAGCGAAGAAGAAGUCUAUCAUAAAAGCCCCGUUAAAACGAGUGCAGAAGUGGCGAGCUUUGAUAAAAGUUAUGAUACAAUGAAUAAAAUCAAAUAUAGAGAUUACAAAUGCUCAACGUGCAAAUAUACCACGACCGAAAAAAGGCUGUUAAAAACUCACAUGCUAUUGCAUGAAUUGGGAAAACAUGAAAUCACAAGUGAUACGCUCGUCCAUACGUGUGAACACAAACAAAUGCCAUGCUAUCUCUGCAAUUUGCCAAAAAUCACUGUAAAAAUAGACAUUAAGCCCAAUCCAUUGCUUUCGGCAAACAAUUCGCUUGAGUGUCAGGUGUGUUAUCGGAAAAUUCUCAAGAAAAGUGGCAUGAAUAAACAUUUACAAGCUCAUGUCGAUCAACUUAAAAAGCAAUCGGCUCUAUUGGGCAAAAAAGAGAAGAAUUUCAAUCAGAAAAAUCAACGUAUUCUACAAUUGGUUGCCAUUGGUAAAAAAUUUCCAUUCGAAUGUUCAAAGUGUGAACUACCAUUUGCCGAAGAAUACGAUAAAAGAGCACACGAAGAACUCUGCCGGCGACGACAAUACAAACAUUUGUGGAAUUUUUCCGAUGUAAAAAUCAACAAACGGAAAAUUUUAAACACCAAAGAUGUGAAGGCGGAAAACACCAUGGAAUUAAAAACGCGAGAGGGACUGGAGUUGGAAGUGAAAAUCAUCGAUGCAAAGGAAGAGAAAUUGAUUGAUAUAAACAUGGAAUGCCAGGAUAGUCCAGCAGAAGCUCCGUGGCGACCGUGGGCGUAGAAAGUUUUUAAGGAAUUUAUGAGAUACGUAUAAUAAUAAUAUUAUUUUUGAGAUAUUUCUUCAUCUAUUUUUAUAAUUUCAAGUGUAAGCAUAACUUAUUCAAAUCCAUUCGAUUCAUUCAAUAAAUUACAAGCUGCUUAGUUUUAAGGAAAUAAACAAGAAAAUGUAGAUAAAA